GCGCAGUAUUCUCUUGUGGUCCGGCGUCUCCCCAGGAAGUAUCAGGAUUCCGAUGCUGUGAAGAACCUCUUCCUGAAGAUCUUUCCAGACAGGAUCCACUCAGCCGUGUCUUUACGAGACACCUUGCUGCUCUAUCACACGCGAGCGCUGAAGGAGUUAGGUGACAACAUCAUUUGGUGCUCCUGCUGCCAGGGCUGCGUGCACCGGCAGCUGGAGCGAACCGUCAAAUGGGAGCGACGGCUAGCGCAGACCUACAGGGAAACGGAGGCCGGAAUUCAGGGCUUCGUCCUCGAUGGCCAG